UGCAUACAACAGCUGCUGCCCGGCGGGCGCUCGGGAAGGACGCACGGGCACGUUGCCGCUCAGUGAACACCUGCUGAACAGAGAAGAAUGGAGAAUGCCAAGUGUGGUUCUUCAAUAAAUGUUAGCACAGGUGUUAAAGACGGCAAGAAUCCCACAAAACUAAACUUCCUUCCAAGACUUAGAACAACUGAUCCAAAUCAGCUAGAAUCAGUUGCAUAUUAUCAGUUGUUCCAAUAUGCAACAUGCUGGGAGCAACUGUUGAUGUUCCUCGGUGUUACACUUGGCAUCAUUACUGGACUUUGCAUGCCUGCUGUCAUUGUGUUGUAUGGAGAAUUCACAACAAUCCUUGUUGAUCGCAAUGCUGAGAACAUUGCAUCAUCACCCACUACAAUUCUCCCUCUGGCUGGUGGCGGACGUAUUUUAGUGAAUGCAAGUUGGGAAGAGAGAAAAGAAGCUCUAUUAGAAGAUUCAGCAGCAUUUGCAAUUGGCUGUUGUGUAGUUACACUGAUUCAGUUCAUAGUUGGUUCUAUGACAGUAUUUGUCCUCAACCAUUCAGCUCAGAGACAGGUUACCAGAAUUCGAAGAUUGUUCAUGAAAGCUGUUUUGAGACAGGAAAUGGCUUGGUAUGACACAAAUAACACAUCCACAUUUGCAAGCCGUCUUGCAGAGGAUCUUGAUAAACUGCAGGAUGGCAUAGGAGAGAAGCUUGGUAUGUUCAUAUACUUACUGGUGUCUUUCAUAUCCUCUGUCAUUAUGUCAUUUUUUCAUGGAUGGAAGUUGACAUUGGUUGUUCUCAGCUCUGCACCAAUCAUAAUCUUCUCUACAGCAGUUGUUGCAAAGGUUCAAAGCUCACUCACUGCACAAGAACUGGAUUCAUAUGGAACAGCUGGUGCAACUGUUGAAGAAGUUCUCAGUUCUAUAAGAACUGUAAUGGCAUUUGGUGGCCAAGAAAAAGAAGUUGAGAGGUACAAAGAGAGACUUCAUGCAGCUGAGACAACUGGCAUCAGGAGAGGUUUUUUCUCUGGCCUGGGAGGUGGUGUCAUGUGGUUCAUCAUAUACAGCAGCUAUGCUUUAGCUUUCUGGUAUGGUGUGGAGCUAAUCAUCAACUCCAGAGAAAUGGGAGACACAGAAUAUACACCAGCUGUAUUAGUCAUUGUCUUGUUUGGAGUCCUUGCUGGUGCCAUUAAUAUGGGUAUGGCUUCACCUCACCUGGAAGCCUUUGCAAUGGCAAGGGGGUCUGCAGCAGCAAUAUUUAAAGUGCUAAAUAGAAGACCAGAAAUUGACAGUCUGAGUGAAGAGGGAAAUUGUCCUGAGAAAUGCAAUGGAGAGAUUGAACUUAAAAAUAUACAUUUUCUGUACCCAUCUCGUCCAGAUGUGAAGGUGCUGCAUGGACUGGAACUAAAAAUCAAACCAGGAGAGACAGUUGCCCUAGUGGGAAGUUCGGGCUGUGGAAAGUCCACUGUUGUGCAACUAAUACAAAGAUUGUAUGAUCCCCAGCUGGGAUCUGAUUCAUCUUCAAAAAAUAAUCCUACACCGGGCUUCGUUGACACCAUAGCUGAAGACAGAAGAACCAAUACAAACGGAACUGGAGGCAGGAGCAAACUGCAGAAACAAUGGAUAUACUACUGGGAUUCCCACAUUCCGUUAGUAUGGGUGUCCUUGGAUGGCUGUGAUUUGAGGAACUUGAAUGUUCGUUGGCUUCGUAGCAACAUAGGAGUUGUUGGUCAAGAACCAGUACUGUUUGCAACAACUAUAGCAGAAAACAUUAGAUAUGGAAAACCUGAUGCAAGUCAAGCAGAAAUAGAGAAAGCAGCUAUUGAAGCAAAUGCCCAUGACUUCAUAUGCCGAAUGCCACAAGGCUAUGAUACUCUGGUGGGAGAUAGAGGAGCACAACUUUCAGGUGGCCAGAAACAGCGGAUUGCAAUAGCAAGAGCCCUUGUGCGCAACCCUCGCAUUCUGUUGCUGGAUGAAGCUACUUCUGCACUAGAUACCCAUAGUGAAGCCCACGUCCAGGCAGCACUGGAGAAGGCCAGUGCAGGUCGUACCACUGUGCUGGUUGCACACAGAUUGUCAACAGUGGUGUCUGCAGAUCGCAUAAUUGUUCUUUCAGGAGGCUGUGUUGUGGAGGAAGGUACUCACUCAGAAUUAAUAGCACUGAAUGGAUAUUACAGCAAAUUAGUAGCAGCUGCAGGAAGAGAUGAACCAACACAGCAGCAGAGUGAAGCAGUUACUGGUGAGAAAGCAGAUGGACCAAUUUUUGAAUUCUCAAGGAAAUUUUCUUCACCAAAAGAUCAUCUCCAAACUGGUACAUUAGUGGAAGAGGAAAAAAUUCCAGAAGCUGAUCUUGGACGCAUUAUGUCCCUCAACCAACCGGAAUGGCUGUAUAUCACUGUGGGAUGCCUUGCAACACUUGCUGUAGGAAGUGCUCUGCCAUUCUUUGCAGUGCUUUUUGGAGAAGUCUAUCGGGUUUUGUCAAUCCAAGAUGCAGAUGAAGUUCGUCGAGAUACUAGUACAUUCUCCAUCUUGUUCCUUGUCAUUGGUAUUUUGUCUGGUGUGGGAACUUUCUUACAGAUGCACAUGUUUGGGGUUGCUGGUGUGCGUUUAACAAAAAGGCUACGCGUGAUGGUGUUUGAUUCCAUCCUUCGCCAGGAAGCAGCAUGGUUUGAUGAUGAAAGAAAUGCUGUUGGAGUUCUUUGUGCAAGGCUCUCUGGUGAUGCAUCCAGUGUUCAGGGGGCUACAGGGAGUCGUAUAAGCACUAUCCUCCAGUCAACUUCAACACUUGUAAUUGGAUUUGCACUUUCAGUAUACUAUAGUUGGAAACUUGCACUUGUAGCUGUACUUGCAGUUCCUAUUGUCUUCAUUGGUGUUUAUCUGGAGUCACGACAUAUGCGGGGGCAAGGUCUUCAUGAAAAGGAGGCCCUUGAAGGAGCAUCAAAGAUUGCUGUAGAAGCCAUUUCCAGUAUUCGAACAGUGGUCAGUCUGGGAAGUGAGAUCACCUUCCUGGAAAAAUACACAGCAGCUCUUGCAGAAUGCCAUAAAACUACAAGAAUAAAAACCAGAGUUAGAGGAUUGGUGUUUGCUUUGGGGCAAUGUGGACCAUUUUUUACAUAUGCGUUUACCCUGUAUUAUGGUGGCUACCUUGUUGCACAUGAAGGACUUCAGUAUGAAAAUGUCGUAAAGGUUUCUGAGGCAAUGAUUUUUGGUGCAUGGAUGCUUGGACAAUCACUAGCAUUUGCUCCAAAUUUUAGCACAGCCAAAAUGGCUGCAGCUAGACUUUUUGCUUUAAUGGACAGGAAACCAACAAUUGGUGUAACAUUUGGAGAUAAAAUGUUGCAACUGAGUGGUGAAGUGAAGUAUGAUAAAGUGGACUUCAGAUAUCCAACGAGACCAGGUGUUCAAGUGCUCAAGUCUCUGAAUCUCCUUGUGCCGGCUGGAAAGACAGUCGCACUUGUUGGGCCGAGUGGAUGUGGAAAGUCCACAUGCCUGCAGCUGCUGCAAAGAUUGUAUGAUCCUCUAGCAGGAACUGUGAAUGUUGAUGGCGCGAAUGUCAGUUCUUUCCCACUUGGAAAUCUGCGAUCUCAAAUGGGCAUCGUGUCUCAAGAGCCAGUCCUGUUUGAUCGCACAAUUGCAGAAAAUAUUGCCUAUGGAGACAAUAGCCGUGCUGUAUCCAUGGAUGAAAUCAUGGCCGCAGCGAAGGCAGCCAACAUACACACGUUUGUUGCAUCACUUCCACUAGGUUAUGAAACUCGACUGGGGCAAAAGGGAACUCAACUGUCUGGUGGACAAAAACAAAGAAUAGCCAUUGCUAGGGCUCUUGUCAGAAAUCCAAAAGUCUUACUGCUGGAUGAAGCAACCUCAGCACUUGACAAUGAAAGUGAGAAGGUUGUGCAAGAGGCUUUGGAUCAGGCAAGAGAAGGGCGAACAUGUAUCACCAUUGCACACAGGCUAAGUUCCAUACAGCAGGCUGAUGUAAUCUAUGUAAUAAGCAAUGGUGCAGUACUUGAAAAAGGCUCACAUCAACAGCUCAUGGCAUUAAGGGGCAUGUACUACCAAAUGCAUCAACAGGGGCUGUAGAAAAUGUUUCAGUAGAUACCAUAUGGUGCUCACAAAACAAGUUUUUAGGGCCAAUUGGUGUUUCACCAAUUACAAACCAUCAUCUGUUAACUAUUAUUACAAUAAUUUCCAAGAAGUUUUGUAAGAUGAGACAACUUGAACAUUCCAGCAAGGAAAUAAUGCAAAUGUUUAAGAAGUGAGAAACAUAUUGGGAUAUUUGUAUCCCAAUAUUUGUGUAUAAGUCUCACAUUGAGAAAAUGUAAUAAUCCUCAUUCCAAAAACAUUUGGCAUGGUUCCUAAAAUUAAGUGCUACAUUACAAGUGUUUUUUUCAGAUACGGAGUUUUACACAAUUUCAAAUUCUUCCUGUCGCAUUUCUGUGAAGAUCUUGAAUAUUGAAAUAUGUUGAUAAUUGCAUAUUUCUGUCCAUAAAUAUAAGUUAGUACAUACAUUCAGUUUAUCUGUAAUAAAUUUUGUUAUUAUUUAGAACUAUUUAUAUUUAACGAGCCAUAAAUAGCAGUAAGAAAAUUGAGCUACAGAGUACGAUCUUCCGCACUUAAUUUAAUGAUUGUACUAGUGUUUUAAAAAUCAGAUGUUUGUGGAGCACAGUGGUAUUGAUAAUCAUAGUUGGGCAAGCAACUCAUAUGUUUCUUGUUGAAGCAGGAGGCACAGUAUGUUAAGCUAUGUAACAGCUGAUUGUUUUCAGUGUAAGAGCAGUGGAGAAAUAAAAUACAAUGUAUAAUAAUGAAGGAACUGUUCUACCAACAUAGACAACAAUUUUUGUACCAUACUACAGAGAUAUGUCAUAUGUCUAUUACUAUAGAAGAAAUACUUGUACAUUUUAGUAUAUUUGUCUGUCAUUUAGUUUAUUUUUGUAUUAAAUGUUGUGAGUGAAACACUCCCAAUUAUUGAGUAAGUUUUAGCAUCUGUAAGAUGUUCAGGCAAAUGUAUGAAACAUCGUACAGAGUGGGUUUCAUUCCAGAAACUUUGCACAGGUUUGAAUGUCAUAACUCUAAACUGAUGUAUACAGUACAUCUGAAAUGAAAACAUUCUCAAGCUCCAACUAACCUACCUAUAAGUUUUGUAUUAAAGAAUAAAGUUUUAUAAGAUAAACAUAGAAUUUUAUAUUUCUUAA